GUGUGUGUGAGUGUGUAACUUUUGAUCUUCUAAGACCAGAAGUUGGGUGUCGGGAGAAAGGUGAAGGCCGCGGCUCGGAAUAUAUAAAAGGGCCACGCCUCGCACCCCCGCCCAGUUGCUCAUAGGGAGUCCACAAGGGAGGAUGUCGGUCCUUGUGGUCCUCGCGGUCGUAGCCGCCGUCCAGGUGGAGUGCGCACCGAACUACUACAACUGGCAGGACUACUCGCAUACGCCCACCACGUACACGGCGCAGCAGCCCUACAAGAAGCCAACGUACGUGUCGCCGAGCUUCAACUACAAGCCGUACAAGCCCGCCAAGGUGUGGGACCCCGCAGAGACGGAGCGCGCGCACGAGCAGUUCUUGGAGACAUGGCUGCAGCAGGCCCGUCUGGCGCUGACCCGCCCCACCACGAGCGACAAGCCCACCACCACCACCAAGUCCAACCCCGAGGCCAUCGUGGUCGCCGUGGCCGAGGCCCUCAAGCCCGCUGAGGGCAGACGGCCAGCCGGGCAAGGCCGCGGACGUGGACGCGGCCGUGGACGCGGCCGUGGCCGCGCCCGCCAGCAGAAGGCGAAGCAGGCCACCUCCGAGCAGCCCGCCGCCGCCGAGGCCUCCACCGACGCCCCGGCGGCGCCCGCCACCGAGGCCGAGCCCGAGGUGACUGUCGCCCCCGAGACCCCUGCCCCCACCCCUGCCCCCACCCCCGCCCCCACCCCCGCCCCCACCCCCGCCACAGAGGCCCCGACCCCUGCGCCGUCCCCCGCCCCCGAGGCCCCAGUCCAGGAAGCCGACCAGUACUACGUCGAGUACGACUACGACGGCUACGACUACUACGGCGCCGACCAAUACGAGUACUACGGCACCCAGGACGGCGGCGCGCUGUACGCCACCGAGACCAAGACCGAGGCCCCCACCCCCGCCCCCACCCCCGCCCCCACCCCUGCCCCAACCCCCGCCCCCACCCCCGCCCCCACGCCCGAGCCCGAGCCGCCCGUGGCCGUGGGUGAGUACGCCCAGGAGUCCGCGCGCCAGGAGUCCUCGGUGGUGCUGCCGCAGGAGCUGCGGUCCCAGUACGUGAAGGCCGCGGAGUACGGCGCCGACGCCUACGUGGAGUACGACCCCUACGACUACUACGACGGCUACGACUACUACUACGACGACCAGGCGGUGGAGUACGCCGAGGCCACCACGGAGACCCCCACCACGGAGGCCCCCACGGAGCCCCCGACCACCACCACCACCACCACCACCACCACCACCACCACCCCGCCCCCCACGACCACCACCACCACCGCCACCCCCGAACCCACCACCACCCAGCCCGAGAGCCCCCGCCCCCGACCCCGCGCCGGAGGCCGCCGCCGCCCCGGCAGGAGGCGCAUGCGCCCCCGCACUGACGGGCCCGAGGACCAGACACAGCAGCCGGACGCCGACGGGACGGUGGCGACCACGGAGAUCAUGCUGGAGGUGGAGCGGCUCAUGCGACAGGAGGCGCAGGCCGACCAGGCCCGCGGCCUCAAGGCCGGCGGCCGGCGGCGCCGCCCCGGCGCUCGCGGCAGGCCACGUGCGCGCGCCCAGGCCGAUGGCGGCGGCGGCAGAAAAGUCCAUAACCUGGACCUGUCCGUGCUGGCCAAGCCACGCCCCACCACGGCCCGCCCCCGCCCCACCACGGCCCGCCACACCACGCCCCUCACCGCGGAGAAGCUGCCCUACACCUUCCAGUUCCACCCCAACGAGCAGAGCCACUUCUUCGUCUCCACCUCCAUCGGCGGCGGCGGCGGCUCCUCCUGGUAGCCGCCAAGCCCCGCCCGCCCCGCCCCGCACGUAGCUCUGUACAUACCCCCCCCCCCCUCUGGUGACCCCGCCCCAUCACUCAGCCCGGCGGUCACCGUGCCUGUAGCAUAACUUGAUGACCCUCGCCGCCACCUUAAUUAUUUCACCCCAGUACUGGGUCCCCCUCCCCCCCUCCCACCCCGCUCACCGCCCGCUGUACAUACUCCCCCCGGCUGCUGUACAUACCCUCCCCCGCCCCUCCGGCCUCGACGCCCCCCACCCCGAGUUGUCGUUUUGUAUGUUAAGAUUAAAAGACAAACUAUGA